AAGGUGAAACGGUGUUGUCGAUGUACAGUACAACGCUAGACAACAACAAUGCCAAGGCUGACAUGAGAUCAUUUUCGCGGUAGCACGACAAUUGAUAGUGCGAAUUAGCGCUAGUGAUCGAUUUUAUUGCGAAGACAAUCAUUUAAAGUCGAUGUUACUUGCAAGGGCCAAUCCAGGACGUAAUCAUGCGUGUUUAUUUGGUUUACUUAACCCAAAACGAGAUUUAAAGCAAUUAGCUAUCGUCGCUACUAUUGUUGUUGAUUGCUGGGUGUGUCAGUUACCAUGAGGCAGUCAAUAUCGAUCUUGACUUGGAGAAAUAAUUUAAGAUAGACAAGAAGAGGGGACGUUGAACAACAUUGACUCAACGACCUGGGGUUACAACACCUUCAGUCUAUUGUCCAGGAUUUUAUCCGGACUCAGAGCAAGGUUUCACCAUGGAAAAAAAUACUGGUUCCAGCGCUGACCCGGCAUAUCUGGAUGAGAGAGUGCUUCCUGCAGAAACAGAGAUGGAUAAAGAGACUGAUCUGAAUUUCCCUCAAUAUAGCCCACCAAACACCUCAAAAUCAGUGGGGGGUCGUGUGCGGCUGUACUCCGAGUCUCAGGUGUACACCAUCAGCCGAUGCGAGGAGUGGGAGCCUGCUGACGGGGGUCAGACUGCAGAGGAGGGCAUGGGGGAUGGGGCUCCGUUCCGCGGGAGGUCCCAGUCAGCACCCGCCGCCCUCUGGGCAGCCAAACGCUACGGCCGCCAGCUCCGCCGGAUGAGCGACGAGUUUGACACCUGGCUCGACAGAGGGGUGAGCAGGGAACAGAAGAGGGUGCCGGUGUCUAGCACCCAGGGACAGGGGUUGCGUGGAUGGUUCUCCUUCCUCUGGAGCCAGAGAGAGGAGGAGGGCAGAGAGGAGGAGGGCAGAGAGUGAAGUAAGGGGAAGCCCUCACACCCUUGCUCUAUCAUGCUGGGAGGGAGUGCACUAUCUUUAACCAAUUUGUCCCUUUGUAACGACUGAGCCAUUCACACGGAUUCAUAUACGGCCACAAUCUUCCUACCUGCGUAGAACACACCCCUGGAUGGUUUGGAGCCAGGCUGAAAUUGAGUUGAGUCCGAAGACAAGAGGAAACAUUAAUGUCUUGCAAUAAUUGGUGAAUAGGUGUAUUUUACAAACCGAUAACUGUUAGUUCAAUUUGACAAUCUCCAAAGUGACAAUCGCUCUCACACAAAUAGAUGGCACUUCACAGAUAUUUAAGAUUAUUUAUCAAUAUUUACAAUUUAAAAUAUAAAAUAUUUGUAUUAUAAGUGUUAUUUUGUUCAAUGUCCUUUUCUAGUAUAAAGUAUAGAUAUGAAUUGCUUAAUGUGUACGUACAAUCAAAAGGUUAGAAAAUAUGCUGACAAAAUCCAAAUAACUGUUGAAACCAACAGGCCACGUGGAGCUGGGCUGUCAGCUCUGCUCAGUGAGAACUGAUUCUUCAGAGGAUACUGAUGAGAAUGGAACAUUGUGUUCCGUAGUCACUCCUUACCUGGCUCAGGAUUUUAGUUUGCUCUUGCCGUCGUGAAUUACCUGUAGUUGGACUUAACCUGUGCGUAUGUAUGCCCGCUUUGAAUGCCAACGGAGACUGCCUGACGCGUUCCGCCUGCGCACCCAGUCUGGAAUGCCUCCUUCGUGUACAUUUACAUUAUUUAAAUAUUUAUGGUAAAAAAAAAUAAUACAUUCAUGUUAUUGCUGUUUGUUUUAAUUGUUUACAUUUCAUGUGUGUACAUUGGUGGGAGACUGCUGUUGUACAGGAUUCCUGUAGACACCCGCGUGUGUAAUGUUGUCACGUGAAGCCCCUUCACUUUGCCUUCUGUGCAUAACUUACUUACCUUACACACAGACUGUGCCUGCAAAACUACUGACGAAGGCCUUCUAGUUAGGGUAAGGCUGAGAUAUGGCCUCAAGUCCACUGCUAGAUGGGCUAUGACUCACCUGCCACCUGAGAUGAGGAAAGGGCUUCUCGAGGUAGUCUUUCAGCGAUAAGCCGUACUGCUGAUGUUCUACUUGAAAUGAACGUGUACCUGAAAUAUUUGAGAUGCUAGUUUUUACCACUCUUUGUAGACAUUUGGAAUUUCAUAUGUAACGGAUAACAUGUUUUUACUCAUUUUUAUGUUUUUACUCAUUUUUUUUAUGAAAAUAUUGAUCUGUGUUUGUAUUUCUUUUAUACCAUUUUGGUCAAAUAAAUGAAUUUCAUGAACUGCA